GUUCACCAGGUUCUUCCGGGCCGACCGCCAAUUACCAUAUCUUAUAGAUUCGUUGUUCACUAUCCCUUGACUCAUUGGAAUAUCUCAGCCCAUCAAUCUCCUCGGUCGCUAUGGGAGUGUCCUCACAACGCGUAGCAGGAUUGAUGUUAUGGAAGACCGGUCUCCAUCCAGCUCCAAUACGGCGGAGAAGGGCGACAGCCAGGGCCAGAAGCAAGCAGCUUGCUUGAAUUGUAGACGAAGCAAAACUCGGUGCUUGCGGAACGCAGGGGAUCUGAAGUGCAAGAAAUGUUCUCAAGCCCAAACAGAGUGCAUCAUACCAGAUUAUCGCGUUGGUCGGAAGAAGGGAAUCAAGAAUAAACGCGAUGGCCUUUCAAAGGCAGUUUUCGCGAUUGAACAGGCUAUCAAAAAGUCAAGAACAAAGAGCACCCAAUCAGAGGAAGAUCGAAAUACGUUCCAUUUACAACAUCUCUUGAAUGAAGCACAAGGGCUGCUCCCUCAAAGACCAACCUCUGCCGGAUCAGUCAGAAGUGCGGGUCAUCUACCACAACAAGAAAUCAAUGAGACCGUUCCUGAAAGCUCUGCUGAGGAGCAAUUUGCGGUUGACGAUGCAGAGAAUCCUCUACAACUACUGGCCAGAGCAUCUGAUCUCUCUGCUCCGAAUGCUCAGACUUCCUUCGCCACCAGCGCAUCAAUACAUCACAAUCCAUCACGUGCCGGUAAUGAUCAGGACUUACAAGACUUCUUCGGCCCAUUCCGUCCGAGUCUUGACGUUGGACCUGAUAUUGAUCCAAUUGACCUAGGUCUAGUCACAGAAGAAGAAGCAAUUGCACUCUUUGCAUACUUUUACGACAAUCUCUCACAUACUCGAUGGGGCCUCGACGCAAAAUUACACACACCGGACUUCGUUCGAAAGCGAUCCUCUUUUCUCUUUGCCUCCAUCAUGGCUGCUUCUGCACUUUUCAUUCCCACUGCUGCAGCGAUUUCGAAAAGACUCUCGUCUCAUUGCAAGCACCUCGCCCAGUCUAUCAUGGUGAAGAGACACCGAUCGCCAGAAAUAGUUCUAGGCUUCAUGGUCAAUAUUCCCUGGAUGGCGCCUGGGAAGCAUUGGGCGGACGAUGAGACGUGUUCAUACAUGGGAGCGGCUUUGACAAUAGCAAUCGAUAUCUCUCUCAAUAAGCUCAUCGUUCCGUCUCCAAGUCCAUCUCUUAAAGGAAUCCAUGAACGUCGGCCACCUUCAGAUUACAUCUCUGCAAGGAAGGCAUUAGAUCUUGAUGGGUUCCAUGAUGUAGAUCCUGCGUCUGAGUUUGGUAGGCGCCUGCUCCGUCGCCGCGAAAGAAUCUGGUUGGCUUUGUUCGUGCUGGACCGAGGUGUCUGUCUAGCAAGAGGAAGAGGUUUUACGGUUCCCUUAACGCCCAUCAUCGAGCAUUGUGACAACUGGCAUCAAUCCGAUAUCGCCGACGUUUGGGAUGGCUCGAUGGUAUCGUCAGCUAUGCUAAGGCGCGAUCUUGAGGUCUUGAUCUCAGAUGUAAAGAAAACUUGUGACGGAAAUGGCAUACGCGUUAUGAAUGGAGACAAUACGGCUCAAUCACUUCAGCACAUGAUCGAUGGCUUUUUCACAAAAUGGUAUACAACAUGGGCAUUCGCAACUGGGGGGAUGAAAGACAACUCAAUCCCGCCAUAUGUUGAAAUUCUAGUCACCCAUGGGCGACUCUCUAUUUACAGCAGUGUAAUCAAUCAUCCUACGGCGCCUGUGGAGGUGAAACGAUUUUUUCGAGCUGCAGGUCUUUCGUCCGCGUUGAAUGUUAUGCGAGCCGCUGUUCAGGGCGAGAAUCGAUUGAAAUCAAUGCCCAAUAAUACUGCGAUUAUGAUUUCGUUCGCCGCAUGCUUCGCCUUCUAUCUGAGCACAAUGGGCUCGGCUGCAAACAUAAGCUUAGCCCCUUCCAUUCGCAAAUUGAUCGAAGAAACAGCAGCUUUGCUUGAAAGAAUUGGUUCCAACCCACCACACCGAAAUGGAACGUCGGCCCUGUAUGGCAGGCAUCUUCGAGAAGUUGUGGGCUCCUUUCCAGCUCGACCAGAUGGCUUGAGCCAGCCACUACAGCAAACAUCAUUUCCUAUCUCUCGAAAUGUUCCUAUACAACCUCAAUUGCCAACAUAUCAGAAUCAAGCGGCUUUUGCGCCGAUCCAGAUGUCAGAACUUCUACCCUUCUCUGCAAUGUCAGAUGACCAGAUUAACGAGGCCAUCAACAACGCGGGCGACGAGCUGGAAAUGUAUCUUCCAAGCUUUCAGAUGGCCGAUAAUCGACUAGAUUGGCUCGAUUCAAUGGAUUGGUUCAACAUGGAUGCUGGCAUGAACCUUGGUCAGUAACUGAUUCUUGACGACUCCUCUCGUUCUGCGAAGGUUGGGAAGAAGCAAAUUCACGAUCAACCCUUUCAUCCACCAUCCUUGCCAUUUGCGGGGAACGCUGUCUACCUACGGAAGCAAAAUACUUCCGAGUCUUUGGAUUGUCGGCAAUGCAAAUGCAAUCAUUUCGGGACGACCAUAACAGCCGAGCAUGGGUAUAUAAUUCAGCCCCUUGUUAACCAAACCUUU